ACCAACUUUUGGAUUAUUGGAAAGCGAGGUAAAAAAGGGGCAUACUUGAAAAAAAAUAUAAGUAUAUAUAUGCUUUAGAUUUUCAAGUUAUGUUUCACGUCUUGAAAUCAGUAUAACUUGAGUGAUUUUGUAAAAAAAAAAAGCCGACGUUUUAGCAGAGUCGAUUUUCCUCUGGCUUUCGUAGGUAUCAGCUCCUUUCAGUCUCUUGUGCAAGAACAAGUAUAUUCAUAACUAAUAGAUUACCAUCCAAACAUAACCUACUGCUUCUUUAUUACGAGUUUCUUUGGUUCUUUUUAUAGAAAUUGCAAGGCCCAUCGCAUUUUAUCCUGUCUUUCACCAUAUUUACGAUAUUCAUCUCAUUUAGCAUUUUCUUCAUUUCUUCUUAAAAACUUUCCGGUUUCCUUAUUUACCGCUUCUGUUUAUCCCCCUAUUAUAAGCUUUUCUUUUUCUUGCUUGUGCAUCCGUUUACUCUUUCUUUACUUUUUUAUGAUGAAUAGAGACGAAAAAAAUGCUUCGUUUUAUUUUCGAAAAAAAAAUCCUUCUUCAACAAGUGUAAAGCCCGUAUUAACUCGUACACCGUCUGAGUUAUCUGGUUUUAACGAAAAUGAAUUUAGAAGUCUGACGCCUUCUAGGAUGGCUCCAAAGCCCCCAGCUAUUAAUACAAACUUUUCAAAGGAUGCUUUUGGUGCUAGUUCUUUCGCAGCUUCCAAUCCGACUCCUCGGUUAUCAUUGGGAUCGAGACAGACAAGUUCUAAUUCUAUUCAAAAAUUACACUCCUACUCUUCUUCUGAUUCGCGCCAUAGUGAUGAGAAGCACCAGAAAAAAUCUGCUUUUGAAAGCUUUGUCUCGAGUAUGAGUUCUUUGCUUACUGGAGGAAGUGGUAGUAGCCCAACGAACUCUCAUGCUUCCGGAACGAACAGCCCAAGAAAGUCAACUAUUAUAUCUUCUCCUUUUGAUCCGAAACACGUAACCCAUGUUGGUUUCAAUUAUGAAACUGGUGAAUUUACAGGAAUGCCUACCGAAUGGCAGGCACUUUUAAAGGUCAGUGGAAUUACGAAAUCUGAACAAGUCCAACACCCCCAAGCUGUACUUGACGCUAUGGCUUUUUAUUCACAAUCUAAAAAAUAUUUGGAGAAUGGUACCAGUCCCCCUUUCCCUCAGGACAGUGGUGAACGAGCUGCUGGUCCUUCUCCUAUUUCAAGCGUUUCAACUGGUACUUCUUCCCCGGUCUAUAAUAAUCGAAACGCUUUUCCCAGUAAUCUUCAGCCAUCUCGCCCGGCCCCAACACCUCCUGUUAGCACAGGCGCUAAUUCUCCUAUUGCAUCACCAAGGCCUCUCAAGUCACCUAAGCCGUAUACUUCUCAUCAAUCUUCGCCGUUGGCGUCCAAGAAGUCCCUCAACCAUAUGAUUCGGAGUCAUUCACCAGUGUUACUCCAUUCGCCUACUUCGAAUCCUGUUCAGCCAAAACACAUUCGUCCAAACAAUACAGCUCAAAUCAAUCGUGACGAAUCUUCUCCAAAGCCUGCUGCAUCUCAAGCAGCAGCAGAAGCAGCAGCUACACAACGAGUGCAAAAGCGUGGUGCUCGUCAGCAACCGAAUGAUGCAGCAAUCUUAAGUAAAUUGCAGUCAAUCUGCAACAAAGAAAAUCCAACUCUUUUGUACCGUAAUUUCUCAAAAAUUGGUCAAGGCGCGUCUGGCGAUGUAUUUUCAGCUCGUCAAGUAGGCACGAAUUUGUCUGUUGCUAUCAAGAAAAUGAACAUUAAUCAGCAACCAAAGAAAGAAUUUAUUGUAAAUGAAAUUCUUGUGAUGAAAUCACAUCAUCAUAAGAAUAUUGUGAACUUUAUCGAGACAUUCUUUUAUAAGUCUGAGCUUUGGAUGAUUAUGGAAUAUAUGCGCGGCGGAAGCUUGACCGAAGUUGUCACGAACAAUACAUUAACGGAAGGUCAAAUGGCUACAAUUUGCAGAGAAACUUUGGAGGGCUUGAGGCAUUUGCACCGAAAUGGAAUUGUUCAUCGCGAUAUUAAAUCGGAUAAUAUUUUGCUAUCCUUACAAGGAGAUGUCAAAUUGACUGAUUUUGGUUUCUGUGCCCAAAUUAACAGCCAGAUGUCAAAGCGUACCACCAUGGUAGGUACACCUUACUGGAUGGCACCCGAGGUUGUUACAAGAAAAGAGUAUGGAUUCAAGGUCGAUGUGUGGAGUUUGGGUAUUAUGGCUAUUGAAAUGGUAGAGGGUGAGCCCCCUUAUCUCAAUGAAAAUCCUUUACGAGCUUUGUAUUUGAUUGCUACGAUUGGUACUCCUAAUGUUAGCAGGCCAGAGCUUUUGAGUUCGGUAUUUAAUGACUUCCUUUCAAAGUCUCUCAGUGUUAAUCCUAAACUGCGUCCCAGUUCAGAAGAACUUUUAAGACAUCCUUUUCUGAAAAAAUCUGUUCCUCUUAGUUCUCUCGUUCCUUUAAUCAAGUCUAUUCAUCAUUCUAGAUAAUUCGGUUUCUACACGAAUUCAUCCUAUGAAGCAGUUGAAGUGAUUCAACCUACGUAAUUUAUUACUUUGUUUUUUUUUUCAAGUUUAUAAUUAUAAAUUAUGGUUUAUGAGCUCACGACUAAUUACUCAACGUCUGUCACUUUUUUUUCGUUUCUCAUUUCCUGCUGAGUUUGGGGGAUCAGGCAAAUACUUCUCUUUUACUUACAUUGUGAACUCGGUUCUUUUCUUGGUUAAUAUAGUAAUUGCUUUGAUUGUGAUUCAUAAAAUCACCCCGAUGAUCUGGUUCGUAUAUGUAAAGAAUAUAUGGCAUGAAUGAUUUAUCUUUCGGAGACAGAAUUGAUGCCUUUUUUGUAAUAAAUCACGACUCAUUCUAAAUACAUAGCAGGAACUAUUCGUGUAGUGUAUGAAAAUUGAAUAUCUGUUAUUUUACUUUUGCCAGAGAGGUAUUACUGAACGGACUUAUUAAACUGCAAGACAAAUGAGAAUAGAAAAUAUAUAUACAUAUAGAAAAUAUUUCAUGACUUAGAUAACUUUUACGCCUUGGGACUUGUACUUCCUUUCAUUCCCUUCGUACCAUUUCCAACUUACCGGGUUGGU